AGAAUUCAUAAAAUGGCCUUUCUGGUUCUUCUCCCUUCUUAGUAAUGGACCCUUGUUGGCUGCUACACUCAUUUCUCCAGUGUUUCUUCGCCUGACAGACUGUUCCUCUCAUUCUUACAGGUAGUUAUAAAGGCCCUGCUCCUUUCUCCCACUUCCUCUCUUCUCACAGCGCCUCUGUGGGCCUAGGCAUUAUGGAGGGAUAGCACAUAUAAGAUGAAAUACGAAGCAGGAACUUUGAAACCUGAGCACCCGAACUCGGCAGCCUCAACUCAACUCGGCUUAACUCAGCCUCACUGAACCCAAUCUGAGACUCUCUGCUCACUGGGCUUGAUCCUAGAACCCUCUUCAAUUCCAGCUAGAAUGUUGUAUCAGGCACUUCGCAGAUUUGGUCAAAAGCUGGUACGGAGACAUACGCUGGAGCAAUACGUGGCUAAGAUUUCCACUGCCGGAAGGCUGAGCACUCUGGAUAUAGUGGCCUUGGGUGUGGUCAACACAGUGGGUGCAGGUGUGUAUGUCCUGGCUGGUGAGGUAGCCAGUGGUAAAGCAGGACCAUCCAUUGUGAUCUGCUUUUUGGUGGCCGCCCUGUCUUCUGUGUUGGCUGCUCUGUGCUAUGCAGAGUUUAGCGCCCGGGUUCCCCAUUCUGCUUCUGCAUAUCUGUACAACUAUGUCACUGUAGGUGAACUCUGGGCUUUCAUCACUGGCUGGAACCUCAUCCUCUCCUAUGUUACUGGUGCAGCCAGUGUGGCCCGGGCCUGGAGCUUAGCUUUUGACAACCUGAUUGGGAACCAGAUCUCUCAGACCUUGCAUGAGAGCAUCCCACUGAAUAUUCCCCAUGUCUUUGCAGAAUAUCCAGACUUCUUUGCCAUGGGCCUGAUGUUGUUGUUCACCGGACUGCUGGCUGUCAGGGCUAGUGAGUUUGUCUUAGUUACUACAGUGUUCACAGUGGUGAAUGUUUUGGUUCUUUGUUUUGUCAUCAUCUCUGGCUUUCUUAAGGGGAAACUGCACAACUGGCGGCUUACAGAAGAGGACUACAUAAUGACCAUGUUUAGACUCAAUGACACUUCUCCCUUGGGCCCUCUGGGCUAUGGAGGAUUUGUGCCUUUCGGUUUCCAGGGGAUUCUCCGUGGAGCAGCGACCUGUUUCUAUGCAUUUACUGGUUUCGACAGUGUUGUUACCAUUGCCGAAGAAGCCCAAAAUCUCCAGCGUUCUGUCCCCAUGGGCAUUGUGAUUUCAGUGUUCAUCUGCUUUUUGGUGUAUUUUGGGGUCUCUUCAGCACUUACACUUAUGGUGCCUUACUACCAGCUUCAACCUGGGAGCCCCUUGCCUGAGGCAUUUCUCCAUAUUGGCUGGGCCCCUGCCCGCUAUGUCGUGGCUAUUGGAGCCCUCUGUGCUCUUUCUACCAGCAUCUUGGACUCUAUGUUUCUCCUUCGUUGGAUGACCUUCGUGAUGGCAGAUGAUGGCCUCCUGUUCGGUGUCCUUGCCAGGAUAGACUCCAAAACAAGCAUCCCCAUUGUGGCCACUGUGGUCUCGGGCAUUAUCACAGCGUUGAUGACAUCCUUCUUUAGACUCACUGAUCUUGUGGACCUCAUGUCAUUUGGGACCCUGCUUACUUACUCCCUGGUGGCUAUUUGUAUUCUCAUUGUCAGGUAUCAGCCUGAAUUGAAUGAUGAAGAAAAUGAAGCAGAGGCACAGGAGGAGAAUGGGCCUGCAGCAGAGAAGCUGACUCUGUGGAGACUAUUUUGUCCAGGCAGCUCCACCCCCACUCCACUCUCUGGCCGGGUUGUCUAUGUUUGCUUCUCACUGCUUGCUCUGCUCCUCCUUCUUCUUUGCUUGGUGCUGGUCCAGUGGCCAGUUCUACUGCUUUUUGAAAACCCACUGUUGAUUAUAGUGGUUGUACUACUCCUGAUUCUCAUCACUGGGAUCACUGGAGUCAUCUGGAGACAGCCACAGAGCCCCACUCUCCUUUACUUUAAGGUCCCUGCUCUGCCUUUCCUCCCAAUAAUGAGCGUCUUUAUGAAUGUUUACCUUAUGAUGCAGCUGACACUUGGCACCUGGGCCCUCUUUGGUGUCUGGAUGCUGAUUGGGUUUGCUAUCUACUUUGGCUAUGGGAUCCACCAUGCAUGCAGGAUUAACCCCACUUGAGUUAGGACCUGAAUUGUGGACCUUGAACUCUGCAGUGCCUGUACAUAUUCGAUUUUACAUCAUCACACCUGGAUGCUGUCUGGUUUCCUUGCACGAUAAUGGAGGGUACUUUGGAGCACAACAUCCAUGGGAUAUUGAUGGGGAAACACUAAUAGAGCUCUGUAUGUAUUGUGAAGGAUGUGUCUUUGCUCUUUCUCGUCUUUAAAAAAAGUUGUUUUU